CGAGCUGUUGGUGUGGUCCAGCCUCCUCGCUCGGGCCAUCCAUGGCGUACACGUGGAGGCAGGACAACGCGACUGCAACGUGCGGCAUCGUCGUGCCAACCGGCACCGCCCACAGCCAGCUCAAGGUCGUCCUCUCCCGCCGCCGCCUGACACUCGAGCUCGCAGGCUCGGGCGUCCUGCUUCGCCGCCGGCUGUUUGCGCCCGUCGUGCCGCGCCGCACACGCGCCUACACGCUGUACGUACCGGAGAGCGGCGCGGAAUCCACGGAGCUGCGACUCGUCCUCUUCAAGGAGAAGGUCGCUGGCUGGAGCUCUCUCUUUUGCGGCGACGGCCGUAGGCAGCACCUGCAGGAGUCUCUCGCGGGUGAGAAUGCUCCUGUCUGUGCACUGCCCGAGCACGAUGGCGAGGAGCGAGAGUACCCUCUGCCGGGCUCCCAAGCCAGCUGCGACGGCUGCGCCUCCACUGUCCGCCGCUUCUACCACUGCGUCGAUUGCGGCGUCGGCGACAGCGCCUUCGACUUGUGCAUGCGCUACUACGGCCCGGAGCACCGGCGCACCUUCCCGCACCACGAGCUGGCGGCGCCGAUCACGCGCAAGCCGCCUCCGCAGCCCUCGCCGGGAGGCGCGCCCGGCAACGGCAUGCUGCAGCGGAGAGACAUGCUGCAGCAGCGGGCGGAGCCGGCCGCAAAGCCUCCCUCUCGCGGCGGCGGCGGCGGAGCGCUGAUCAAGGCGGAGGUUCCGCUCGAGGCAAACACGACCUACUCGUGGUCGCAGACGGACGAGGAAGCCGCCGCAGAGAUCAACUUGCUCGUGCGCAUCCCGCCCGACAUGGCGCGGAGAGACAUCCGCGUCGAGAUCAAGCCGCUGCUGCUGCGGAUGGUGGCGCGCGGACACGUCCUCCUCGCAGGCUCGCUCGACAAGCCUGUGGUGGCUGGCGAGGCGCGUGGACACAGCCCCGCACCUCGAACGCCCGCGCCAGGAGAGCGUCACCGGGGCUCGGCUUGUGUGGCAGGCGACGUGGACAUACGAGCCGGGCGAGGUCUGCGACGACGAGCCGUACCAGGGGCGGUACAUGGACUUGUCGCCGGAGGCGCGCAAGAUCGUCGACAUGCACCGCAACUUCAACCACGCGCGCGCGACGGGCAAAGGCGACUGGGCCACCGAGCUCGAGGAGGAGAUGAAGAUGAUGCGCUUCUCGUGGGGGGCCGAGAACAAGGACGAGUGGGAGCGGGAGUAGGACGAUCAGCGAGCCGAGGAGACUCAACGAGAGCUGUCAGCGAGAGCCAGGGAGGGGGAGGACCUCGCCGCGGGCUCUCUCUCAACUGCACCCGUGAGAGGAGCGAGAGGGCAGGCCGGUAAGAAGAGGCCGUGGUAGGCAAAGCCGGUAAAUGCCGAGAGAACUGCUUUGUUGUGCGGGCCCCCGGCCCGUUGCGACCACACUGGUAGGGAUGGGAGGAGGACAGCGUCCCACCUUGCUGGCCUUCGCCACGAAAAUGGAAAAUGCAAAAUCG